AUGUCGACAGGUGACUCUCUGAUCAAGGAGUGCACCAAUGGAACGACCAAGACUGGAUUAUACUUGUCCCGCCUGGGACUGGAGAAAGAUUUCAAGAACCCGAACAAGCCAGGCAGGCCGAACUUUGAGUCAGUACCCGCGCUUCGUAAGUUGUGGGACGCGACAAACCAGAAGGUCAACACGAUUGUAGCGACAUAUAAUUCAAGGAGAGCCAUACGCGAGGCACUGAGACGACGGGACAUCUGCCUGGACGAAAUCGCAAGAGACUGUCUCGUCAGCUACGGUCCGGAGAUCUGGAACAAUGGAAGAGAGGUACCCUUCGUUCUUUCUCUCGAUACAACAACCGCACCUUCCAAAAUCAAGGGGCAUGCUCAGGUUGCAGAGGAUAAAUAUCUGAGGCACCUGAUCUACGAACAUCCAAGUGAUGAACGCAAAAUAAGGCUGCUAGUGUCUGCAUGGACCGUCCAGCGCGCCUGUCGGAAGGCCGAAGAUAAUCUUCGUGAAGGAAAGACUUCCCAGAAAGAAGUUGUGAAGUCAUCAACAGAUUUUUCUAGCCCCAUGGAGGCAAUCCGUGUGAAACCGACCAAGCGUACUCGCAGUACCGUCUUGGCUUCAUCGUAUGGUUCCACAAGUUCCGAUGAGCUCAUUGCGUUGGUCUUUGACGACCCAGCCAAACGUCGGAGAAGAUCCAAGCCUGCUGUACAACUUGAUAUUGCUCGUAAACCACAGUCAAAGAAACCGAAAAAGACUCAUAAUACAGAGUAUACUCCAGAAAAUCGGCACAAGAAGCGGACUGCUGUCGCGGUUGUGAUACCCGCACGAAAACCCCAGCAUACUGAGCCAUCCAAGACGACCAGCAGAACACGAAGUCAACUGCUAGACAAGAGAGAAAUAGUGCCACGUUCUGCACGGAGUGGAAGAAAAGGAUCGGCUAGGGAGACCAUGCGAUUGACAACUCCAUGCCGCACGACUCCGCGCCGCACAAGAACGGGAACUCGUAGUGAGCGGUCGGUCCAAAGCAGUGCUGACGCAAAUAUGAACCUAUUGGUGACCCAGCUUAAGGCUGACCGAAAUGAGCUGAGCAUAUGUCUUCAUGAUCUUUUAUCGCCGCGCAACCCGGGGUGCCACAGCCUUACUGCUAUCAGGCGGAUGACCGGACUUAUCGACACCAUAGCCAUCAACGAUGCUCAGGGCCUCCGUAGAAAGCUUGGAGACUCCUAUGAAAAGCAUAGGAUCGCUUUAGAUAGAUGGCUGGGAUGCGUCAAAGCACUUGUCGAGUUCCGCGAGAUUACCGAUCUUGAGGGAGAUGAGAAUGCGAUAGAAGCCAAAUUCUCAAGUUUACCACUGCCCAUUAAGAGGAAGGCACGAUUGCUUCGGCAGAGAAAGCACCAGGAAAUUGUGUCAUGGUUCAAAAGACCUGCUGUCAAGGAACUUGAUUUCACCAUCGCCAGUUUCUCCAGAGACGUGGCCUCCAUACUUUCGAAAAUGACUAGCUGGAGUGGUUUGCCGGACAUGGGUCUGGACGAAAUCCUUGACCCCAUGGUACCUUUCACAAAACAGCUCCUGGGAUGGUUUAGGGGCGUGCCGAUCAGCUCUACGGCAAGGAAUUGA